AUGCCAGUGACUGAACGCAAGACCCUGGCCUGCGACGACGAAUGUCUCCGCCUUCAGCGCAAUGCCAAGCUUGCUGCCGCCCUCAAUAUCCCAUCCGACCACACGGAUGACCAUAUUCCAUACUCCACCACCACUCUCGACUACUUCAAAGGAAGCCCGAAGUGGUGUCAGACGCAAGAGCGCGAGUUCCGCGUCUUCGCUGCCGACACGACUGCCAAGCAGUUCCGCUUCAAGCCCAUGUCCGCCGCCCAACGUGCCUUCCUGCACUCCCUCGCUGAAGACUUUGCCCUCGACACCGAAUCCGUCGACCCGGAGCCUCACCGACACGUAGUCCUCUUCAAGGCGCCACGCUUUUCCAGCGCACCGAUGAAGACACUCGGCCAGUGCCUCAAGCUUCGCCCCGUGGUCGAGGCGCCCAAGAACGCCCCAGCAACCACGGGUGUUCCGUUCAAUGCGCUGCUACUCGCCAAUCCACGCUUCGCACUCACCCUCGAUGAGCUCCGCACUGCUGUUGCAUCCGAUCCGGCAACCGCGCAGAUCGCGGGGUGGAAAAUAGAGUUCCUCCCUAGUGAGGAGAUCGUGGUACGCGCGAGUCUUGCAGAUGGCGUCGACGAGGCAACCCUGCUGCGCCUCAAGCCUGCACUUACCAAGGUGGUGCUCGAGAAGAAGCUGGCGGGAGCUGUCGCGCUCUGCACUGUGGAUGCGAGCUUGAAUGUUUCACGGAGAGAGGACACCGGCUCUGCGGGAGGGUGGAGCCAGGUUGUCAAGGGUGCGCCUGUGAAGAAGAGAGUCGUCGACGAGUGGGCUGCCAGUGGCAAGAAUUCGUUUACGGUUCUUGGGAGCAAAGCGGCGGGGAAGAAGAAGGAGAAGGAGAAGGUAAAGGAGAGAGAGAGGCAGGAGAGCGUUGUGGAGAAUUGGGAGGAUGCGGUUGGAGCGUGGGAGGAGAGUGCCGAGGGGGCAACCGCCGCAGCCGUUGCUGGUGAAGUCGAUGAAAGUGAGUGUGAGUGUAGCAGAAGAAGCGCCGGCACUAGUCAGUGA